AUGGCUCUAUCGGAAAAACCCACGGUCUUACUUCUCUCUCUGGCAUUAUUUUGCCACAGCCCGGAGAUUUGGCAGGAAAUUGACCCAAGUUACAGACCACCCAUCGAUGGUCUCCUGAACAUGGCACAUGUAAUACAUGCGACGACAAUCUCCGAUGCACUUAUUGAGAUUGAUCAUGGGAGAUUCAAGGCUAUCAUCAUCACAGAUGCCACCAUCACAAACACAAGUGGUGAAAUGGAGGGAGUUCUGGUCAAGGUCAAGGCCUACGUUGAAAAUGGCGGGCUUGUCAUCGUCGGUCUCCAUUUCCCGAAUUAUGCAAGCAACCUGGAGAUGAACAGAUUCUUCGCAGCAUUCAAUCUCCCAUGGGCUGCAGGUCUCUACCAUCGCACCACGGUUCAGUUUGUGCCCUCUAGCACCCUACCCACUAGCGUUAACGCGCUUUCGUUCCCUGGACCAUAUGAAGUGAAGGCUCUCAGAAUUCAAAAUGCCAGAGCCGAUGAGAAAUUAUUCGUUCCAAACAUUGGUUAUGCAUCUCCGGAUUUCCAAUUACCCCCAGAGCGUCUUGAAGAGGUCCAACCUGCUGUUGCGUGUGCGAGAGUCGGAGGGGGUUAUCUGGUGUACUGUGAGGACAUGCAAUAUGAGCAUGAGACGAUCCAAACUAUUUUGGCGCUUUGUGGAUCCUAG